CUAAGUAGCUACCGGAAUUGCCAACAAGUAAUUUUGACACAAUUAUUUUAACGUCUAGACUUAAAAUGUUGCCUCAACAUGUUUUUACUGAUUCCAUUCUACCUGUAAAUUGUUAAUAUAAAGUUUAAAACGCUUCGUGAUUGAAUUGUUCUUUGAUUAAUGCCACUUACAAGUUAUAACAAUCACAAACCUGGAAACUUCAAAGGCUGACAAGACUGUCGGCUCCUUUGGACCCAAUCCUAACCAAAGUCAAGUCACCUUAAUAAACAAACCUAUUUAUCAACGAAGUGAUUUACUACUGGAUCAAUACCAAGUUAUCUAGAAUAAAUAAGCUUGCGUAUGUUCUCAAUACUGAGAUAGAUAAAUGACAGGUGACUGAGGGAUUCGGCUCAGUGGACUGGACAGCCAUGAUGUCACAGCUGGGAUCUAGAGGCUCUGCUUCUCUGACGGUCAGCGAGAUCAGGGAUCUGUUCCGCACUGACCUGGAGUAUGGCCUCAGCAGUGAUGAAGCCUACCGCAGGCUUAUCAUUCAUGGCCCAAACAAUUUUGAUAUCUCUGUUGAUGAUCCGCUAUGGAGGAAAUAUUUAGACCAGUUCAAGAACCCUCUGAUUUUAUUGUUACUAGCCUCUGCUGGAAUCAGCUUGUUCAUGAGACAGUUUGAUGAUGCUAUCAGUAUUACCAUGGCUAUUAUUAUAGUUGUCACAGUUGCAUUUGUACAGGAAUAUAGAUCUGAGAAGUCUUUAGAAGCUUUAACCAAAUUAGUACCUCCAAAAUGUCAUUGUAUUAGAGAUGGUCAUCUGACAACAUUCUUAGCCCAGGACUUGGUGCCAGGGGACAUCAUUCAUCUCACUGUUGGUGACAGGGUGCCGGCAGAUCUACGUCUGUUUGAGUCGUCAGGGCUGUAUAUAGAUGAAUCAAGUUUCACAGGGGAGAUAGAGCCAGUCAACAAAUACACAGAAGCCCUGUCCACAUCUGAUGCCUCUAACUUGUCUGGCAGAAGGAAUAUGGCAUUCAUGGGCACAUUGGUACGCUGCGGACAGGGAAAGGGAAUUGUUAUUGGCACAGGGUCAAAUUCAGAAUUUGGAGAAAUUUUUAAGAUGAUGCAAGCAGAAGAGGCCCCUAAAACUCCACUACAAAAGAGCAUGGAUACCCUUGGCAAGCAGUUGUCCUUUUAUUCUUUCCUUGUGAUUGGGAUCAUUAUCUUGAUAGGCUGGAUACAAGGGAGGAAAAUAUUGGAUAUGUUUACCAUUGGUGUCAGCUUGGCAGUGGCAGCAAUACCUGAGGGACUUCCCAUUGUUGUGACAGUCACACUGGCCAUUGGAGUUAUGAGAAUGGCCAAACGCAAGGCCAUCAUUAAAAAACUACCUGUUGUUGAAACAUUAGGCUGUGUUGAUGUCAUUUGCUGUGAUAAGACAGGUACCUUAACAAAAAAUGAGAUGACAGUCACACACAUAAUAACUUCAGACGGGAACCAUGCAGAGGUGACAGGAGUAGGCUACAACACAUCUGGAGAAAUCCACAUUGUCCAGUCAGCCGUCUCACUGGAUCAAGACGAGGCUGUGUUUUCAUUCAGGAAAGUCAUCGAGGUUGGCUGUGUGUGCAACAAUGCUGAGAUCACCUCUGAUGGGUUGUUAGGGUCUCCUACUGAAGGAGCUCUUUUGGGGGCAGCUAUAAAGUUCAAGCUCCCAGAUCCCAGACAAACAUAUGUUCGGGAAGAGGAGUGGCCUUUUAGCAGUGACACUAAGAUAAUGAUCGUCAAAUGUCAUUAUUUUUUGGAUGAAACUGAGAAAAUUUAUUUUGCCAAAGGGGCAUUGGAGCGUGUCCUAGAGCGAUGCGUGAUGUUUCGCAAUAAUGGUGCCAAUGAAGCUAUGAAUGACAAACACAAAGAGGUGUUUAUGGACUAUGCACACAGUCUGGGUCAAACUGGUUUAAGAGUCCUUGCUAUGGCAUAUGGUAAAGACCUAACCUCAAUGAUCUUUGCUGGGAUUGUGGGCAUCAUGGACCCACCCCGGGAGGGUGCCAGACAAGCCGUGCAGCUGCUGAAAGGGAUGAGGGUCAAGGUCAAGAUGUUGACAGGGGACGGGGAGGAUACAGCUAAGGCAGUGGCUGCCAGGAUAGGGCUGUACGCUGAGGGUGGUGUCUGCAUGUCUGGGGAUGACCUGGAGGACAUGGACAUCGCUAGCCUGGCUAAAGUUAUAGACAACAUCACCAUCUUUUACCGCAUGACACCCAGGCAUAAGCUCAAGAUUGUCAAGGCCUUACAAGCCAACCACCAUGUUGUUGGUAUGACUGGUGAUGGUGUCAAUGAUGCAGUGGCACUUAAAACAGCAGAGAUUGGCAUUGCCAUGGGUAAAACAGGCACUGAUGUGUCUAAAGAGGCAGCAGAUAUGAUUCUAGUGGACGAUGACUUGAGCACAGUAUUAGCAGCUAUUGAAGAAGGAAAAGGAAUUUUCUUCAAUAUUAAAAAUUUUGUCAGAUUUCAAUUGAGCACGAGUAUAGCUGCCCUUUCUCUAGUUGCAUUUGCUAUGCUUAUGCAUUUGCCCAACCCAUUAAAUGCAAUGCAAAUUUUAUGGAUUAAUAUCAUUAUGGAUGGCCCACCUGCUCAAAGCUUGGGGGUUGAGCCAGUUGAUCACGAUGUCUUGCGGAAACCCCCGCGGAAGAUAACUGACAACAUCAUCACCCGCAAUCUGAUCAUCAACAUCCUUACCUCUGCCAGUAUUAUAGUAGCUGGUACCCUGUGGGUCUUCCACAAAGAGAUGGAGGAUGGGAAAAUCACACCAAGAGACACCACCAUGACAUUCACAUGUUUUGUCUUUUUUGACAUGUUCAAUGCUUUAAGUUGCAGAUCGUUUAGUAAAUCAAUCUUCACAAUAGGGUUGACGACCAACAAAAUGUUUCUUUAUGCUGUGGGUGGCUCUCUAGUGGGACAGCUUCUAGUGAUUUACCUUCCACCUCUGCAGAAAAUAUUUCAGACUGAAGCUCUCUUUCUUUCAGACUUUGCACUGCUGAUUUCUCUGACCUCAACAGUUUUUGUUUUUUCUGAGAUCAGAAAAUAUUUUAUUCGCCGCAGUGAAGUCAGGAAGCUCCAUUUCCAGCAGGGAGAAUUUUUUUCAGAAAACAUGGCAUCCAAUGAAAGACGAGCCUCGACAUCCUUGACUUCUGCUAUCAGCUCCACCUCACAAUAUAAGCUAACACAUGCAUAUUCAUAAUGUCCUUUUUAAAAGGUAACUAAUAAUAAAAGUGAGAAAAAUUAAUUUUGUUUUAAUUGUUUUAACAUUAUGGUCUUUGCAGUAUAUUGUCUACUCAUUUAAAACGAAAUUUCUGAAUUGUGAAUCGCAAGAAAUUUUUAAAUUUUUUGGGAAUUUAUAAAUCACAUUUUACUUUUAGGUCUACAUAGAAUAAGAUAAAUCAAUAAACCUUGUAGGAGACAGAAGAGCAGCAUUUUAAAUUGUGUUUUUGAAUUGUUUGUUUCAAACUGACAUUGAACCAGUUGAAACAUUUGUGUUGUAAAGUUGACAAAAUUAAAAACAUUCAACAAAGAAAUGUUUCAGUUAUUAUAAUAUUAUUAAUAUAAAGAUUAUUUUUUUUUUCAAUCAUAAAAUUUUUUUUUACAUUGCCUGUAAAGUCUCAAAAAGAUUAAACUAUACACCUGAUUUAUUAACAUCAAUUAUUGUAUAGAAUUUAGUUAUAUUCUUUAUCAUCUAAUUGAAAUGUGAAAUAAAUUAAGUACUUUAUUUACAAGCACUUCUUGAGAUAUGAAGAAGUUUAUUUACAUUACAUAAAAAAAGUUAAAUUAAAUUUCAACUAUCUGAUCUUAACUGUGUCUGGAUUCAAUUCAUUAUGUUCGUAUAGCGGAGAUGAUAGCCUUGAUAUUCUCACAACUUUUCUUUAUGGUACCUGAGCCAUUACCAGAGUUUUGAAGAUUCUGUAGAAGGUCAACCAGACGUAGAGCUAUGUUUGCAGACUUGACCUGUACGCGAGCCUGGAAGAUGAGAAGAUAGUCUUCACAUUGAUGGUCAUGAUCACACAUUAGAUUAGUUACAGGAAUUUCAUCAGUGUUUAAUUUAUGAACUUCUAUAUGAUUGGGAAAGUGUUGAGAAUAAAUGAGAAAAGAAAAUGAAUUAUCCUGUUAAAAAGUUAAUAAAUAAAAGUCACAGUGAAUG